GACCUGAUCCGACAAUUAAGUCAAUAUUAUUUCGCUAUAGAAUCGGCGAUAGCAUGCGGAAAGUUCCGCUACAUGUAAGCGCGGGUCGCGCCGAGGUAUAACUGGUAACAGUGGAUAGCUUGUGAAAAACGGUCACUCGAAGACAGUGCACGCGUUUAAACACUUAGAUUUAUUUAUUUAUUUAUUUAUUUAUUUAUUUAUUUAUUUAUUUAUUUAUUUAUUUAUUUAUUUAUACGAUACUGCAGGCUCAGAAAAGGGCCCGAGCAGGAGAGAGAAAAUUGCAUUAAUAUAGAGAAACGAAGAAGCAACCCCACUUUUACAAGCAUCAGCAAAUGACAAGAUCAAAUACCUAGCGAUUAAAGGAUAUAGAUAUAACCAGAAGAACGAGUUAACCGGUGACAAAAGCCUGCAUUAUGCGGCUUCGAAGUGAAGCAGCAUAAUUUGAACAGCGCCGUCGGUGAAAUGACAGCGGCGGGCGAGGAAGAAAGACACCGAGGCACACUACUUCGUGCAUGAGUGCGCGCUGGCCGUCGUGCACGUCGCCUCCCACCUUGCCUGUCUUGGAACCGGUAAUGCAGCCGUGUUGCCCACAGAAGAGCUCUCCCUCCUCCCUUCCUCGAAGGGUGGUGUGCGUGACCUUUACCCUCUAACACCCCUAUCUGCCUUUCUUGUCACUCCCCUUUUGACCCCGACUUACACAAAGAAGCCGUCUGCUAUGCUAGUCACUUCAGCGAUGCCACUGCCCUCAGUAAACGAACGCCUGUCUCUUUGGCCGUGUCACGACAGAUAUGCCGACUCUUGAGUAGAGGCCAGCAACGGCGGCUGCUGCAUGUGUGUCCAGCGACGCUAUCAUCGACGAGCCUCGGCCUGCUGCAUCACUGCGGCAGACAAGCGAUAUACGGAUUUUGCUUCCGCCUUCACGUUUCGACACUUGGACAGUUCCAACACUUGGAUCGGAAGCCUCGUGCCAGCACCCACCGCAGAACUUGUCCUCAACAAACUGAUCGAAAUGAUUUCGGUGGCCCUGAUGCCCAUGAACACUUGCAACUUCAUCUGUUCUCCAUUCAUAAUGUACUUAUUGGACCUUUGGAACUUGAGAAGAUACCCGGUGGCCCACCUUGCCUGUGUCAUAAUCAGCGGUGGCUUCCUAACCAACAUCUGCCUCCACUGCAUACACUGCAUCCCGGUCCUCAAGUUUGGUACUUCGCACAGUGACGCCUGUCUUAUUGAAUUGGGAGGCUUCAAAAUAUGGGCAAUGUGCGUGCUCGCCGCCUGUUGGAUGAAUCUAGCUCAAGCGAGCAGUCUUCUGCGUGAAACAAUGAGCAAAAGGAGGAACGACGAUGGCGCAGACUCGGGCGACGCCGAAGGUUCGUCGCGACCACAGGAACCUGCGCUGCUACCAGCAGGCGCUUGCGUGUCAGUCUUAAUGUGCCUCUUGUUAUUGGUCACCGUUCGCUGUUUUGACUACGGCACUCAGGACACGGAUUCCUUCCAGCCUGGGGCCGCCCGCCUAACCCUGCUCUCGACCCUGUGUUCUUUGGUCAACACUGUGAUUAUUUACACUGUCGGACCAGUGAGCUUUCUGGAUUUUCUUGUUUCUUCGUCAAUUGUCGGGCUGCCAUUAGUUGCUUACAGCAUGGGACGUAUGGCAGGGAAACGCAUUGGCUGGGCGGCAUUCUGCCUUGGGGACGGCUUCCUCUUUGCAACGUGUCUGGGUUUGAGCUGCCUCGCGAUUUUAUGCGCGCGCGUUGAACUCCCGGAAAGGUUCCGCAUGAACAACUUGGGGCUGGCUGCGUGCGCAUUCAUCGCCACACUAAUUCUGGCAGAAUACGGGCAAGCCUCUGUUGUUGGAGCCACCUUGCUAUUCGAUAACAAGCCAAGAUUCCAGCAAUUCUUAUCAUCUUGUUGACACGAAGUUUCCUGCAACACCAACGUAGAAGCCCUAGCACUAACACUAAUACAGCAUUAUAAUUUACACUAGUAGUUGACACUGAUAUGGUUUUGGGCUGCUGAGCACGAGGUCCAUAAUUCACUUCAAUGCAACACUAAUAUAGAACUCUUGCCAAGUACUUCUCUCAUUGCAAUGCCAGAAAUCCAGGUUAUCGAGGAUUAUUGCACAUUACUUUUUAGACUCUGGAAAUGCUCCUGAAGAUUGGAAAAAAAAGAAAAAUUUUCCUACAUUUUUUUUUCCUCUGUAUCUGAUUCUCAGACAAAGUCUAAGAGGAGGCUGUGGGUAAAGACAAUAUUUUGGCUGGCUUGGCCCCGGCUGCGUGUACAAAAUGCAUGUGACAUCAAAACAUUUUCAUAUCAGUUCAUGCAACUGUAAAAGUCAUGCCAUGCGUCAAGAAGAAGUGCUCAAUAAACGCACCGAUCAGUUGUUGGAAUUGACAUAAAAGAUGUACAAAUCCCAUCCACAUCAUUAUAAAAAUACAAAAAAAAAUCAACUGUGUACAAGAACGUAUUGUCAUCCCUCUACGAAAUACAACAUUAAUAAAGAAUAUAUGCCUCAAAUACACUGCACAGCAAAAACGUGAUCGGAAACUUCUCUCGCAAAGCAACGAGGCGCAAUGCAAAGAAUUGGUAAGGUGCGAUGAAUAUGGUAGAUAAACUGGGCAAAUUAUAGAGCCUCGAAUGUGUGUACGUGUGUGUGUGUGUGUUCUUAAAGUACAUACAUACAAACUUUAAAUAACAGCAGGACAACAUUUCAUGUCGCAAAAGGAGUCCUCAUGCACAUCAUUCGUCUUUAGUUAAGAGUAUGUUAUCACAGGGCAAAUCCCUACACACCUCUAUUUAGCAGCUUCCUCUUCAAGCGUCUUCUACAGUGUAUAAAAAAAUGCGACCGCGCUCGCCCGUUCACAGCACCGUCGAAGCAAAGGCGAUUCUAAUUAUACAAAGUAUUUAAACAUGUUUAUUUCCAUACUAAUUAAGUAAAACAAAAAAAUUUAGGAGGACGCUUAAGCUUCGCCUUUAAGAGUUGAACGCUAUACCAUCAAAGAUCCCUGACUGCUUCUCACGCUUCCCGGAAACUGCAGCGUAUGCAACCGUAAUGUACUUUGUAACGACUACGCCUCCCUAUAUCACACCACAUGGGCGUGCCCCAACGUGAAGGGAGCCCCGUAAAUAGCCAACCCCACACCCGAGCAGUGGGAGGCCGUGCUGACUAGUUCGGACCCUUGUAACCAGCAGCAACUGGUGCGGCGGGCCCGGGAGACAGCAAGAGCCGCAGGAGCCCUGGACUAAGGGCGCCUCCCGCACAAGCAGAAAGACACCUGCUUGUCCUUUCUUUUCUUUAAUAAAUGUUUUUCCUCCUCCUC